GCGGAUAAAAAGCAGUCUCAUCAACCACCAACACCGCAACACGUUCUUUCCGACAAUUUUAUCGCCUGUAUUGAUCUCGCCGUUUCAUGCUGACUUAUUAAUUGUCUGAAUGAAAUUGUCAAAAUUAAUCAACAGUCUAAAACCUAAACUAUAUAAGACAUCACACAUUUUAACUGAAUCUUAAAAUGACAGCGAGGUCCGUUUUUACGUUUCGUGCCUACAAGUUUCACAUCAACGAUUUUAGCCUUGUUGCAGCUGUUUACGAGUUUGUCGCAUCCGGAUUUUGGAAAGUCCGUCAGCUGUUAUCAACUCUAGUGGGAAAUCUUACAAAACGGAAAUUUUGAGUGCCCAAGAUGAACGCCAUUGCGGAUUGCCCGACAGAAAAUGAGCUGAUUUCAAAAGCAAAAUCAGGAUUUCAAGAAUUAUUUCCAGGGGAAAAUCCGUCAAUUAUAGCCAGCGCACCAGGUCGAGUAAACUUGAUCGGGGAACACACUGAUUAUAAUGAUGGCUUUGUUUUGCCUAUGGCGUUGCCCAUGACGACCGUCGUCAUUGGCAAUAAGGCUGCAGUCACCGACAAAUGCACAGUUUACACCCUGUCAGAUGCAGUUGGGAGUAAUCGCCAAAUAAUUUUUACCACUCCUUCAAUAGAAAGUGAACUCAAACCAGGAGAACCGAAAUGGGGUAACUACGUAAAAGGCGUCGUGGCAAAUUUUCCUUUUAAACCACUCCCUGCAUUUAAUGCUGUCAUCAUAAGCUCUGUCCCAUUAGGAGGGGGUUUGUCAAGCUCAGCUUCACUUGAAGUUGCCAUGUAUACAUUUCUUGAAAGCUUGACAUGUGUAAGGGCUACGGAUCUCAAGCAGAAAGCUCUUGCAUGCCAGAAAGCUGAGCAUGAUUACGCUGGAAUGCCAUGUGGUAUCAUGGACCAAUUUAUAUCCACAAUGGCUGAACAAGGGAAAGCAUUAUUGAUAGAUUGUGAAUCUAUGCAGGGCAUCUACGUUCCCCUGUCAGACCCCAAUGUUGUGGUUCUAAUCACCAAUUCUAACAUACGUCAUGAACUGACUGGAAGCGAGUACCCAACACGAAAGAGACAAUGCAUGGAGGCUGCUGCAAUAAUGAAAAAGAAAAGUUUGAGAUCUGCUUCUAUGGAAGACUUAAAUACAAAUAAAGACGCAAUGUCUGAUGUUGUUUUUAAGCGGGCUAGACAUGUUAUUGGUGAAAUAGAAAGAACGCAACAAGCAGCGAAAGCCCUUCAACAAUCAAACUAUGUUGAGUUUGGCAAACUAAUGGUGCAAAGUCAUAACUCUUUACAGAAUGAUUAUGAAGUAAGCUGUGCAGAACUUGACGAACUAGUAGCAGCUGCAUUAGAAUGUGAAGGGGUCCUUGGAAGCAGAAUGACUGGUGGUGGUUUUGGAGGAUGCACAGUCACUCUCCUUUAUGCAAAAUAUGUACAAGAUGUAGUGAACUACAUAACAAAUAAGUAUAGUGGUAAUGCGACAUUCUACAUUGCGACAGCAUCCAGUGGAGCUCAUGAAAUCAAAAUCUGAAGUACAUUUACCUCAAAUGCCUUAAUUCUACGAUUAAACUAUUCUUCAAUUUUUAAUCUCAUAAUGGUGCUGAAUGAAAUCUAAUUCGUAUAUCUGAUUUUAUAAAAUGUAAAAUCAAAAAUCUGUACCUCAAAUGCCUGAAUUCUCCAUUUUAAAUUAUUCUUCAAUUUUUAAACUCAUAUUCAUGUGGAAUAAAAUGCAAUUCUUUUACUGAUUUUACAUAUCUUCAAUCAUGGUCUUCAAUUUGUUUACUGAUCAAACGAUAAAAAAUUUUGACAUGAUUGUUUAUUGAAGCAGUAAAACACUGAUUUUAGUUACAAUUAAUACAGUGCAAACGAAAUUGGUAAAAUAAAAUAUAAAGUUUGGGAACACUAAA